GAUGGGAGGGGCUGUGGGAUGAUGUUAGAGGAGAGGUGAAGGUAGCAGGUGUGCACAGUUUACACAGUCAGGCUUAACCCUCACUCUGACAGCUACUUGAUUGAUUCAGUCCCAAAUCCUGUGAGCCUUUUGGAUUUUAUUGGAUAUUAUAAGGCCUGAAGAUGGCCAACUUUGGAGGACAUGCCAUCCCUGGCUCCUUUUUCCUGCUCUAUGGCUUCUGGCUGACAGUGAAACACAUUCUCCAACACUUCUGGAGGACGAACCAGUCUAAAGGGAGACAGAUAACGCCUCCUGUCUUUAAAAGAAUCGAGUACAUUGAGGGGGGAUUUCUGAUCUUUGCGUCAUUUGUUGGUAUUAUGGUUGAACAGUUUGUAGUGGACGGCCCACACGCUCACCUCUACAACACGGAGACAAACUCGUGGGUGAAGCUGAUGAACUGGCAGCACAGCACCAUGUACCUGUUCUUUGGGAUCUCUGGAAUAGCACUGGUGGUCAGUACUGCAUCCGAACUGGUGCCUGCUGGUGUCGACCGCCUUGCUCUGUCCGUGGCUCUGUUUGUUGAAGGGUUUCUGUUCUAUUUCCACGUGCACAGUCGGCCACCUCUGGAUGCUCACAUUCACUCCCUGCUGCUGGUGGCUGUGUUCGGUGGAUCAGCGAGCACCAUGCUGGAGGUGUUCAUAAGAGACAACAUCGUUUUGGAGCUGCUCAGGUCGUGCCUGUUCUUCCUGCAGGGCUCGUGGUUCUAUCAGAUUGGAUUUGUCCUCUACCCUCCAAGUGGACCAAAGUGGGACCUGGAGCUGCACAACAACAUCAUGUUUGUGACAAUGUGUUUCUGUUGGCAUGUAGCCGUGGCUCUGCUUCUGGUCACGUGCAUCUCCUCUGUGAUUUUGUUCACAACGAAGCGAUUCUCAGGACAAGGACGAGACAUAGAGAUCGGAAUGCGAAAUACCUCCAACGGAACAAGCUCCCAGAAAGCUUUGCUUGAAGCCUCAGAUGAAGAAUAAAUGCACGUUUAUGGUU